AUGCAUAAAGGGUAUAAAUGCCUUGACAAUAGUACCGGUCGAGUUUAUAUAUCCCGUGAUGUUAUUUUUGAUGAAUCUAGAUUUCCAUUCGCUGCUUCCACAAACAGUCACACAUCACCUUCUUCUUCUGAAGUUGUGUCAUUUCCUCAAGUUGAACCAGAAAUUACUAAUGAUCAUAUGAAGAGUUAUGACCUAUCGUUGCUAUCUAAUAAUUCUAAUGCAGCUGUAGCUUCACCUCCAGGUCAGGGGCUACCAAAUCUUAGUGGUCCUCCACAACCACUGUCACCGCCAAAUCCAUCCUCUCCAGUUCUCUCGACCACGUCUUCACCAACAACCACCACCGAGGCUCCGGUUUCCUCCACCCCGACGUCACCAACAGUCUCAUCUUCUGACUUGAGUGAUCAACCUAGCCCCUCACCCCUUCCUCAAGGGGUUGUUACUAGAGGACGUGUUGGUAUUACUUAG